UGAUGGGUGUGACCAGCAGGAUGCUAUAACCUCAAAGUCAGAGGUCCCCAGAUGCAGUCGGGUUGCUUCUGAGAUCCUUCACAGGGAAACGAAGCAGAAGCAGUUCAACAGUAUACAGGAUCUCAAAUGGAGAAUUUGUCCACACACCUUUUGGGGGAACCCUAUUACAGCAGAAAUACAGAGGUAGAGGAGGAGGAGGAGGAGGAGGAGGAAGAAGAGGAGAUGGAGGAGGAUGAGAAGGAUGGGGUUGCAGAAGAUAAAGAAGAAGUGAAAGAUGAGUCAGCCGCCCAGAAGCAACGAAAACCGGACUGGUCUCCAGGGUUCUACUGCAGAUCCAACAGGGAGGUGUACUACUAUGCCGGCCAGGAGAUUUUCAUCGACGGGGUCCUUGACUGCUAUGCGGGCACGGUAUGGCCAGCGGCUCUGGCUCUCUGUCACUACCUGGACACUCAUCGUGAACAGCUGAGUCUUGUGGACAAGGCGGUCCUGGAGAUGGGAGCAGGAACUGGCCUCCUGUCUGUUGUAGCAGCGCUCCUUGGAGCUUCAGUCACAGCUACAGACCUGCCUGAGGUGUUGGGUAAACUCCAGUACAACGUGAUGAGGAACACCAGGGGUCGUUGCAGAUCCUUCCCCCAGGUGGCAGCUCUGUCCUGGGGCCAGGACCUGGAGAGCACCUACCCCGCAUCCGUCUACCGCUACGACUACGUGCUGGCAGCCGACGUGGUCUACCAUCACGACUACCUGGACGGGCUCCUGGACGCCAUGAAGUAUUUCUGCCAACCGGGAACCAAAGUGAUCUGGGCCAACAAGGUGAGGUUUGAGAACGAUCUGACUUUCACAGAGAAGUUUAAGAAGGCUUUUCACACGACGCUGCUGGUUGAACACGGAGAGAUGAAGAUCUUCAUGGCAACAUGCAAGGAGGAAGAGGGAGAAGGAGAUCUGGAAACACAAGAUCUGACGAGUGAGGAAGAGGAAGAAAAUGAGGAGCAGGAGGAGGACGUGGUGGAGGGGAGCAAUAAAGAGCUUGAGCUUCAAAAUGUCAAUACAGAAAGAAGUAAAGGAAAAGAUAAUGUAACCGAAGAACCCCUCGUGGUAGAGCCAGUAAGAGAAGACAAGGAAGAAAAUAACAAGCCUGAGUCUGAUUGUGAGGAAGAGAUAGAGGGGAUCACGCGCCCUAAAGACAACGACUAUGAAGAGGACGAGGAGACGGACAGUGGGGAAGAAGUAACAGACAUCAAAGCAGAUGAACGGCGGGACAGAACUCCCGCCUGGGUUCCCAGUAUCAACCUCCGCAUCGGUAGGGACGUCUACCACUACGCGGGACACGACAUACUUAUUCACGAGUCCAUAGACUCCUUCGGAGCGGUGAUGUGGCCGGCGGCGUUGGCCCUGUGCUCCUUCCUGGAGAACAACAGGACGAAGGUGAACAUGCAGGGGAAGGAGGUCCUGGAGCUCGGAGCAGGAACUGGACUGGUGACCAUCGUGGCCAGUCUGCUGGGAGCUUCAGUCACAGCUACAGACCUGCCUGAGGUGUUGGGUAACCUGCUGGCCAACGUGAUGAGGAACACCAGGGGUCGUUGCAGAUCCUCCCCCCAGGUGGCAGCUCUGUCCUGGGGCCAGGACCUGGAGAGCACCUACCCCGCAUCCGUCUACCGCUACGACUACGUGCUGGCAGCCGACGUGGUCUACCAUCACGACUACCUGGACGGGCUCCUGGACGCCAUGAAGCAUUUCUGCCAACCGGGAACCAAAGUGAUCUGGGCCAACAAGGUGAGGUUUGAAAGCGAUCUGACUUUCACGGAGAACUUUAAGAAGGCUUUUCACACGACGCUGCUGGUUGAACACGGAGAGAUGAAGAUCUUCAUGGCAACAUGCAAGGAGGAAGAGGGAGAUCUGACGAGUGAGGAGGAGGAAGAGGACGAAGACGUGGAGGGCAAUAAAACGCUAUAAAAAGACUCCAUGGCGGCAUGUGGAGAGGGAGAGAUAGAAACGUAUGGAUAGAUAACUCCACGAGCCCGACAGGCUCAGAGUGCUUAGUCAGAGCUUCUGUUUGAAGUGUUUACACUCACAUCGCGCUCUGGAAGGGCGAGGACCUGAUCGCAAUGAUCACGGGCAUGGAGGAUCGGUGGCACGUGGUUGUGUCAGCGGGCCAGUAAUGGGUUGAGUGAGGGUUCCCUUCCGUGUCGGCCCACAGAUACACACUGUACAGCCUGUGCACGACCUUCUUCACGUCCUCUGCUUUGUCAUUUCUGGACAAACUGUGGUCCAGCAGACGCAGAGUAAAAUCAAGAGUAAUAUGGUAGAACCGUCCACGCAAAGCUCAGUUUUAUUCAGUGUUGUUUUCCUUGUGUGUGACGUACUUCCAUGCAAACACAAAAUAGUGUGACAGCUUGAGUCUUCCCCACAUCAUCAGGAAGAAUGGGUAUAAAAUAAUAAGAGCAUACAACCUUGUUUCAGAACUUUCUGUAAAAUAUUGGCGAUUACUAGAUUGUAUGACUGCAAAUAUAAACCCCAGACAUCCAGCAGAAGCAACAGAUAGCAGCAGUCUGGUGCCAGAAAAAGACGCUACAGUCCUGCAGCGAACAGUUAAGGCCGCGCUUACUGCGUCUGAAUUGCACUUACAGUCGACAUCUGCCCGAACCCAACGCAGGAAGAGAGGAGAAUAGACGGACGAAGACGCAGGAAUAAACACGCGAGUGCAAGUCCGAGCUAAAAACAAUGAAAACGAGGUGACCUUGAGCUCUGACCACGGAUUCGCUGUGUAUAUGAACAGUUCUGUCGUCAGGAAAGAUUUUCUACUCGUAUGAGGACGAAAGGCCUCGGCCUAAAAUCUUAGUUAUAAAAGCUGAAACGUGAUCGUGUAGUUAGUGUCAUGGUCCUCAUUUGCACUGAAAAACUAGCAGGCAGAUGUCCCCAUUUGUUAAAUCACUCACGUAAGCUUAAAGUAGCAAAUGGCGAUUGCUGCAUAUGUGGUGAAAAAAAAGGGUGUUUAAAAGCUUUUGGGGGUAUUGAGAUGCGACAAGUCUGAUAAAUUGCCUUGAGGUUUAAGCUUUUUUUUUUUUUUUUAAAUCAACAGGGAAAACAAACACACAGCGCCUGUCAUCGUGUUUUGAUGAAAUAUGGAUUAGUAAGGAUUCAUACUUGUAAAUAAGCCCACACCACCCAGUUGGACAGAACAAGCAAAAAAAAUGUUCAAGAGAAAUAAUGAAAACUAACUUUUCCCUUGAAUGUUCAUUUAGAAGCAAAUCACUCAAAGUACAAAGAUGAUUUAGAAAUGUUUUAAGGGCCUUUAAUGCAGACUUGGUGUUCACUAUGGACGUUUUAAAAUGAUCAUGUUGAUAAAUGGUUCUAUGGAAAAUUCCAUAAACAUUCUAAAUAACACAUGUCGAAUGGUCAUCUUUGAUGUAAAGUAUACAAUUUGCAGUAAAAAACGAUAAAACAUACAAAAGCAUUGCGAUUGUCCUUUAAAGGUAAAUAAGGUUAAUGUGGUCGGAUGUUAAUGCAUCCGACAAAAAGAGAAAAAUAAAAUAUAAUUAAACCCC